UAUGCACGCCCGCAAAACAUGUUAGCUCGGAUCCCGCGAGCGCGAAAGUCAAAUUGAAGUCGAAAACAUUUGAAACUGCACUGAUUGGAUUCUGAGCAAACAGCAAUCAUCACAUAGAAUCAUCAUGACCUCGUCCAGUGAUGGCAAUGAAAUCUUGGAAAUCAAGAAGGCUCUGAAGGUUUGGGAGAAUGACUUUAGAGAGACCAACAACCGCAAGCCAGGCCGAGAUGACAUUGCGUUAGCCCCUGACAAUGUUCAAGAUUUGUACAGCAAGUACAGCAAGUUGAAGAAAGGUCAGAAGCCAAGCAGCAAUGUCACUCAGGAUGAUGUAAACACAACCAGAUGUGAUUCAAGUCAUACUCCUGUAAAGAAGGACUCGACCAGCAAUGACGAUAAUGGGGAAGAGUCGAAGGAUACCCUUGACAAAAGUGCAGAUUCCACUUGUGACGAUGUGUGGGGAGCUCACCUCAAUAAAAGCAAGAGGAAACCAUCGGAAGAAGAAGAGGACAAAGUGACUGAAAAGAAGGAGGAUGAAGCUGAUGCAGCACUUAAGAUGUACAGCAAGAAACUCUUCAACAAUAGCCCUGCAAACAGUCAGAUGUCAAGUGGUCCAAGACAGGGAAGGCCUAGUGUCAAAAAGCAAGACUUCUGGUCAAAAGAUGAGAAAUCCAAUCCAAGACUGGACUCUUCUCACAAGCAAGGAUCUUCCAUUCACGGCCACUCAAAGGAUCACAGAGAACCCGCACCAGUCUUGGAUUUCUUUGGAACCAAGCUGAGUACAAAGACAAUCAAGUUUGGAUCAUGCAUAAAGGGAAGGACUAACAUAGAUCCAGCUCGAGUGGUUGGACCAGGUCUUCCGAAGACAAGGCACCACUCCUUGCAAGAAGACUGGCUCAUGAAAUGUGAGAAGGAGAAUGAGCUUAAGCCAUACCUAGAAGAUAUAGAUAUGAAUGAGAAUUCUGAGCUAAUCAGUGACAUGGAAUUAAUGGAAAUGACUGGUACCUCGAUAUCUAACAAUAAAAGAAGUUCAAGGAAGACCAGAAGGAAGAGUGUAAGGGAAUCUGCUGAUGUUCAUGAAGCAGGUAACGUUGGAGAGAGUCCAGAAAAGCACACCGUGUCUUCACAAAGUGUACACCCAGGAUCAGAUAGGGAUGAUGGCUAUACAUGUAUCGUAAAGAAGAAUAAUGGUGCAAGUAGUUUUUCUCAACAUGAACACACGCCAUCAAAGGAGAGUCACAAAACCGAUGAAGCUCAAUUCUUGGAAAGCGUGCCCAGGAGGGGAAAUAAUACAAAGAAAUCUGUGAAUGGUGGUGAUAAUUCAUCUAUUAAUAAUGAAAUUUCCAAAGAUAAAUCAUUUGAUGGAAUCUCUCUUGCUGAACUGAACCAAAUUGAGAGUAAUGUAGAUUGUAUUGAAGAGAGUGAUGGCGACAAAAAGAGACUCAACAUUUCUCCGUCAGCUCCUCCGUCCAAGAGAAGGAAAACGGGUAGCGAGAAGGAGCAGUUGAUUGAAGAUGGAGGAGAGAAAGAAGAACAGACGGUGGUCGAGGAGGAGGAUGAUGGUGAGGAAGAUUCCCCAAAGAAGGGAAAGAGAAGGAGAGUGUCUGGUGGUGGUGGUGGUGGUGGCGUCUCCUCAUCAUCAUCCAAGCGUAGUAACCUCAACGAGAACUUUGUGCGGUUGAACAUGCUCACCAAGAGCUACCGGAGGAAGGGGAAAGGAGGGAUGAGAGGGGAGGCAUACAAGAGGAUGAUGUGGAAGCAGAAAACAGGUGCUGGAGGAGCAUACAGGGGCAGAGGAGGAGGAGGAUUCCGACCAGGAAUGAGCCAAAGUGGGGAUAAGUGUUUCAAGUGUGGAGGAACUGGUCACUGGGCAAGUAAAUGUUCAGGACAAGGCUCUAUAAAGAAGAAGUGUGAAGAUGAGUCUGAGGAUCCGGAGACUGUGAUGGGUCCUCUACCAACCCUUGAGGAAGCUGCACUUGCUGCAGCGGGUGCCAAGCCUCAACCAGGUAACCUUGCGGAUGAAGGAAGAGGAGACAAGUUUGAACCUCUCAGCAUUGCCACUCCCGUCUACGAGAAUCCAAUCGCUUCUCGUUCCAUUGAUCCUUUGUAUGAGCCUACAGAAGAAGGCAUUCCAGAUGCAACACCCAAGGCAGUGUUCUCUGAUUUCAAGAAGAUGGGCUAUGAUACCUUCAGACCUGGCCAGGAGGAAGCUGUCAUGAGAAUAUUAUCAGGCCUCUCCACCCUGGUAGUACUAUCAACCGGAGCAGGGAAAUCCCUAUGCUACCAGCUGCCAGCCUACAUGUACAACAAGCGCAGCCCGGCCAUCACCCUGGUCAUCUCUCCGCUCGUAUCACUCAUGGAAGAUCAAGUCGUAGGGCUCCCUCACUUCCUCAAGGGCGCCAGGCUGCACAGUCACAUGAGCAAACCACAGAGAGAAAAGGUCCAUGCAGAGAUUGAGGCAGGGAAGGUGCAGAUCCUCCUGGUGUCACCGGAAGCAGUGGUAGGAGGGGGUACAAACUGCCUGCCCCACCCCUCCAAGAUGCCACCUAUAGCCUUUGCCUGCGUGGAUGAAGCUCAUUGCAUCUCAGAGUGGAGUCACAACUUCAGGCCCUCAUACCUGAUGCUGUGCAAGGUUUUGAAGGAGAGACUUGGUGUCCACUGCAUCUUGGCGUUGACCGCUACAGCCACUAAGACCACCUCUGACAGUGUGGCCCACCACUUGGGCAUAGCUGACCAACCAGGAGCGGUCAUCAGGGGAUGCUCGGUGCCCAGCAACCUGCAGCUGUCUGCCUCCAAGGAUCUAGACAGAGAAAGGGCUUUGAUCGAACUGCUGAAGGGGGAGAGGUUCCGCAAGCUGAAGUCGAUCAUAGUGUACUGCAUCAGACGAGAGGAGACGGAGAGGGUCGCCUCUCUCAUCAGGACGUGCCUGCAGACUGAGCCUCUUGACUCUGACGACGAUGAUGAUGAUGACAACGAUGACAAGGGAGAGAAGAUGGAAACUGGAGAGGAUGGUCAGGAGGAGAAGAAGACAAGCAAGACAAAGGAGACCAAGAAGAGCAGCUACCAGAAGAAAAUGAGAGGAAAGAAGAACAAAAAACCUGUAAAACUUGAAGCUAAUAGCUGUGAGGCCUACCACGCUGGCAAAUCUCCUGCAGAGCGCAGGAGAGUUCAGAACCAAUUCAUGUCGGGUAACCUGCGCGUUGUCGUUGCCACGGUAGCGUUUGGUAUGGGGCUUGACAAGGCCGACGUGAGAUCCGUCAUCCAUUUCAAUCUACCAAGGACCUUUGAGAGCUUCGUACAGGAGAUCGGGCGAGCAGGGAGAGAUGGGUUGCCGGCGCAUUGUCAUAUCUUCCUUGAUAAGACGGGAAGUGAUGUUUGGGAGCUGAAGAGACACACCUUUGGGAACUCGGUGGACCGGUUCACCGUCAAGAAGCUAGUCAAGAGGAUCUUCAGACCUUGCAAAUGCAACCAGAUCCACAAACUAAAAGAGGCCAAUGCAGGAGAGAAUGAUGAACACAAGCCAUCUCACAGUAUUUGUCCAGGUCAUGCAUGUUCUUUUCCUGUUGAGACUACAGUACAGGAUCUGGAUAUCAAAGAAGAAGGUAUUGCAACCCUGAUGUGCUACCUUGAGCUGCACCCAGACCGCUGGCUGGUCACACACCCACACACCUACACCAAAUGCGAGCUCAACUUUUACGGAGGCCCGCGAGAGCUGCGAGAGUGCGCUAUCAAGAGUCCUGCCAUAGCCGCAGCCCUCGCCAGGGAACGGAUCAACGGAAAGAAAGGUUCCAAGGAUACAGGCAGGACGACGCUGGAGUUUGAUGUCGUGGAGCUGGCGAGCGCCAUGGGAUGGGAACUUACGCCGGUGAAGAGAGAGCUUAGAAGGCUCCAGUGGAAGCAUGACAAAAUAAAAGGUUGGGUGAGGACUGGUGUGAUGGUGGAGUUUUCUGAACUGGCCUUCUCUUUCCAUUGCCGUGGCAACCUGAGUGAUGAGGAGCUGGAUGGUGUAGUAGACUUUCUGCAUGGGAGGGUGAUGAACCUAGAGCAGAGAGAGCUGGGACAACUCGAUGCUAUCUACUCCACCCUAGAAAGCGUCUCCAAGAAGUCCUGGAUGGAUUGUUGCGACGAGGUAGACAUAGAGCGUAGUGAUCACCUCCGAGGGGAGCUCAUCAAGUACUUCACAGAGGAGCUGGACCUAUCAAAGAUGAAGCGCAGACAAGAUGACGCCUCCAAGAAUGCUGCCUCUGAGGAGGGGCGUAUCCGCAUGACCAUACGCCAGUUCAUGAGCGUCAACCAUGAUCGGACAUUCACUGGCCGUGCCGUUGCCCGCAUCUUGCAGGGGAUAGCGAGCCCGUGCUACCCGGCCAUGGUCUGGGGACGGGAUCGACGAUUCUGGAGGAACCAUGUCGAGGCAGAUUUCAGGACUAUUAUUAAGAUUGCCAAUGAAGAGGUCAUGAGGAUGAGAUGAUGAAAGAAAGAAAGGAAUUUGUCACCUGUUUUUGAAAUCAUGAAAGUGGAGAUUUAAUGGCAGUAUUAAGCAUGUGCAUAUAGCACCAAUCAUGUAGCAUCUCUAUUUCCACUAGAAUGAAAGCUUACUGUAUAUGCCUUAUUUUUCCUUCAUGAAAGGAGUUUGCCAAAUGACUGAUGUACUUUUUCGAAGUGAAAUCUUUACCCGUUGACUACUAAAUUCUCCCAUUUCCUUGGGGCUUACAACAGGAACCAAAUGUUUUUGAUACCUAAAUGGUUCUUCAUUUUCAAUUUUGUACCAGGAGACAGCAAAUUUGAUUAAAGAAUUCAAAUUAUUUCUUUGUGAUGUGACAAGCAAAAUUAUUGUUGAUUUUGACCUACAAGUAAUGUGUAUCAAACUUGUAUGAUCCACAUGCAAGCAAUAGAGCCCAUUCACUCCUUCCCAUGUAGCCAUCACACUGUUUUGCAAUUGAAGUCCUAUGUAAACAUUGUGAUAAAUUUGCAUGAAGUACCAUUUGGUCUUACUGCCAUGCACGGGCCCAUGUCUAUAUUAGUUUUGUAUAGAAGAGCUCCCUCUUGUGUUUGCCAGUAAUGGUUCCUCAUUCUUAAUUUAUCGGUGAACCACAACUUUGAAUCGUCAGAUUCAUACACAGAUGAUAACAUUAGAGUAAUUUAUGAUAAAGUCAGUUUU